GCUCAGUUUUCUACCGAGAAUUCGCUCUCACGCUACUCGACUUAGCGCGUUCCUUAGCGAUUUCCUUGUUUUAUUCCCCUUAGAUCCCUUUCGAUCUUCGCUGAUUAUCUUCGAGUUAAUUGCGAUCGAUCGUAAAUUUAAUUUACGUGAAUUCUUCGAUGUGUAGUAUUUCUUCUGACUUUAUUUUUAUUUUUCCUAUCGUUUCUUUCCUUUUUGUUUUUUUUUCUUUUUGGUUGUAAUUAGAAGAAAGAGAGAGAGAGAGAGAGAGAGAGAGAGAAAGAGGGAGAGGAAGGUGAAAUUUUAAUAGAAAUCUUUUAAAAUAAUUUUAUAAUCGUCACGAUAAUUAAUCGAUUAUGAAUUUCUUUUCUUUUUUUUUGUUUCGUAAAAUAUUAAUUCGAGAUUCGGUAUUGUUGUGAUCGAUAAAAAUAUGCACUUCGAUAAUAUAAAUGGCCGGAAAGCGUGAGAUAUGCGUUAUUGCUAUUUAAAGGUGAUUGCUAUGCAACAUUGUGCCUAUCUCGCUAGAACUAGUGCCAAGCUUCUGACAUAAGUUUAUCGAGCGAGUGGUUGCCUAAGCUCUAAUAGCCGAGCAUAAAAGACAUACUACGAUGGUCGACUACUACAGGAUUCUCGAAGUACAACGGACUGCUACUAGCAGUGAUAUAAAAAAAGCAUACAGAAAAUUAGCAUUGAAAUGGCAUCCAGACAAAAAUCCCGAAAAUUUGGACGAAGCGAAUAAGAGGUUCAAGGAAAUAUCUGAAGCAUAUGAAGUAUUGAUAGACGAUGCGAAGAGACGAACCUACGACCAGCGAUUGUAUCAGAAGGCGUCCUCGAGGCCAGGCCGUGGAUUCACCUUCCGGAGUUACUUUGACUCUCCCUUUCAACGACACUUUGAAAAGAAAAGGCGUGUUUAUGAUCAAUAUGGAAAGGAGGGUCUACAGAUGAACGGUGGCAAGAGACGUCAUGAGAGUGACUUCAGGCCAUUGUUUACCACUUUCGUCUUUAGGGAUCCGGAGGAGGUCUUUAAGGAAUUCUUUUCCAACUCGUCCUUCGAUGAUCCUUUUGCUGGCAUGUUCGGGCCUAGUGUUCGACGAGGACCUGGUAGAAAUGGUUCUAACAACAGUUUGAACACGUCGUUAUUUGGACAUCUGGGUUUUCAUUCGCCGUUCGACGAUGUAUUUGAAGGAGCAACAUAUUGCAAUUAUACUUCGUUUGGCACGUUUCCUGGCUUCGACGGAACGACAGGUGGUGCAGCAAUAAAAACCAGUACAUCGACACGUUUCAUCAAUGGGAAAAAGAUCACCACCAAAAAGAUAUACGAAGACGGGAAGGAAACCAUAAUGUCAUACGAGAACGACGUCCUAAAAUCCAAGACGGUGAACGGAGUACCACAGUCAAUAACGUUCGACGAAGUAUCGACAAGUCGUCAGGUCGCUGAGGGGAUCGAUGAUGUUACCGUGAUUAGCCAGACCGUAAAAAUGCAUCAUGGUGAUUAUCCAAAGGGUAGCAGAAACAAAACCCAUCAUCACCCACAUGUCAAGAAGGUGGAUAAGGGUAAGAGAAAGUAAAAAGACGCGCAUCGUCAUUUCUCUGCGCUUCACGUUCCUUUCCUCAAUAAUUAUUAACGAUCGAUUGGGUUGCGGUACGAUGGACUUGAUGUAAAUUUUUCUUUUUUAUCGCUAUUAUUAUUAUUAUUAUUAUUAUUAUUAUUAUUAUUAUUAUUAUUAUUAUUAUUAUUAAUAUUAAUAUUAUAAUUAUAAUUAUAUUAUUAUUAUUAUUAUUAUUAUUAUUACUACUACUAUUAAUAUUAUUAUUAUAAUUAUAAUUAUAUUAUUAUUAUUAUUAUUAUUAUUAUUAUUAUUAUUAUUAUUAUUAUUAUUAUUAUUUACUACGGCAUCGCGUCUGUUGUCGCUUAACGAAGGAAAGUUCCACUUAAUUAAUAUAAUGGAUGUAUAUCAGACUUAAUAAUCGUAUCUUGUGAGAGUGAUGUUCGGUGAGAAAAAGAAAAUAGUCUGUAUAGAUUUACAUAUCUAUACGAUUGGAAGAUAAAUAAUAAAAUUAAUGUCGAGAUUAGAAAUAGUAAUAUACUUGAAAUUUCUGAUUGUAAGAAAAGCGAUGUAAUAAUAACGUCUGCAGAUAGCAUUCUAGAGUCGAUUAUAUAUAUAUAAUUUUAUAUAUUAAUUAUAUAUAUAUAAUUUUGUUUUUCUUUUCGGUUGCUUCGUCGACCUUCGUUUAAUAUCAUCAUUUAAAAUCAAUGUUUAAGGAUUAUAUUAAAAUAAUGAAAUCAUUUGUUCUAAAAUUAAAAGAAUCUAAAUGAUUUAUCGUAUGUUUUACUUAAAAAUUUAUUUGAUUUUAAUUGUCAGAUAUAUAUAUAUAUAUACAUACAUACAUACAUACAUACAUACACAUACGUACGUACAUAUAUAAUAAGCGCAUCAUUCUCUCGAGUGUGUUAAAAAUCGAGUAAGAUAUGUCGUUAAAUUUCAGAACUGAUAAUUAUUAUUAAAUUUUAAGCUCUUAUCACAAGUAUCGCCAAAUGUCACCAUUAAAAAUUUAUAAUUUUAAGUUUUAAACAUUGAAUCGGUCAAGUGCGUAUAGAUAUUUCGAUAAGAAGACCCAUUGCUUUAUCAUUGCCUUAAAUAAAAAUUGUAUUGUCUCAGUAA